AUGGAAAUGUUUAGCAUAACACCUACUGAAGCUACGCCAAGUAGCGACGUUAUUAGAGUGGGCAUUAUAGGAUGUGGCAUGGUAACUCAAGUCAUUCACGUGCCCUUGUUGAACUCUUUAUCCCACCUUUUUCAGGUCACAUAUCUCUACGAUGUUUCUGAAGAUGCUAUGAAACACAGCCAGCUUAAGGUUGCAGGUAUCUCAAGACCCAAGACGACCCGAAGCAUUGAAGAAGUUUGCAAUGCGCCGGAAGUGGACCUAGUACUGAUCGCAAAUAACCAUGCUUUCCACGCAUCCGUCGCAGUGCUUGCACUACAGGCCAACAAGUUCGUCUUCAUCGAGAAGUCAAUCGCCCUGACUUUGCAAGAUACUGACUGUAUCAUCGCUGCCGAUAAGGCUGCAGGCGGUUCGAGAGUCUUUGUUGGCUACAUGAGAAGAUACGCUGCGGCUUUUGUUGACGCUGUGAAAGAGGUUGGAAGUAUUGGACAGAUACGCUAUGCUCGCGUCCGGGAUAUCAUUGGACCGAACUCGGUCUUCGUGGCACAAUCCGGUACACAUGCCAGAACAUUCAGCGAUUAUCAUGAGGAGGAUUCUGAGGCACUACGCAUAAAGACACUCAAUGACAUUAAGCAAGCUCUUCAAGCCGAGCUUGGAAUCCCGGUGACAAAAGAGACGGAUAUGAUGUGGCAGAUGCUCUCCAUCCUCGGCUCGCACGAUUUAAGCGCCAUGCGAGAGAUUAUUGGUAUGCCGAAAGGCGUCGUAGGAUUCUCACCUUGUUCCAUUACCGGCGCACCUGCAAUCUUCCAAUACCCUGGCUUCGCGGUCGCAUACGAAUCAGGUGUCGAUCAAGUUGCAAGAUUUGACGCCUCGAUCGAGAUUUUCGGUGAUACAAAGACCGUCAAAGUGUGCUUCGAUUCCCCCUUCAUCAAAAGUUUGCCAACGACGAUGAUGAUCAAGGAAUCUUUGCCAGACGGAUCGUAUAGAGAGUCCACGACUCGACGGACGUAUGAAGAUCCUUUUGCACUCGAGCUAAAGGCGGUGUAUGACUGGGUCGUUACUGGAAAGACUCUAAAGACCACUCCAACAGACGCCAGACAAGACCUCGUAAUUCUGGGAAUGCUCAUGAAGGCUAUUCCAACAUGA